AUGGUCUUUGGGCGCUUAGGCUUUCUAAUUGCCCAAGCUUACUUCGUUGGAAUCGGCGAUCAUUUGGCCCGCCUUGAAUGCACAUACGAUGCCAUCCCCCAGAAGAAGGGCCCCAAGGGCAGCCGUGCCAAAGUCCUGUCUAAACUUCACAAAACACAACGCAACACCCAGCUAGCCGCCGGUUUCCCUACCGACCUUAGAUGCGACGGACUCUCCCUGCCCUCGACCUUUGCUCGCACUCAGGGCCUCCUGCCUCCCGCCCUAGUCGAGAGCUGUAUCGAGUAUUUCUUCAACAAUUUCUACCCAACAGAGCCCGUCUUGCAGCAUCAAAAAGCUCAGGAAGCCGUUGAUGGCAUGGAUCGCUCUACCGAGGCAUACUGUAUGAUUGUCGCUCUCUGUGCCUACGUCAUUAUCCAGGCCAACCACAAACCCCACGCAAAUGUGCUCCCCCGCCAGGAAAUAACUCGCAUGUUCAAUGUGGGCAUCGGCCAUGUUUUGCUCGAGGAAUCCUGUCCUGACCUCGUAUUUUAUUACGGCUGCUACUUGGGACUGGCGCUUAAGAACACGGCACUGACCUAUCUUCGCGAAGCUACCACACAAGCACAAUUGCUAGGCAUGCACGACGAGGAGACGUACAAAUACGACCUCCUGGAUGAAUCACCAAAACGAGCCCUAUACUGGCUACUCUCCAUAGCCGAAAGAACUUGCGCUCUGCACACACGACGCUCCAUUACCCUGCAUCCACUUAUGCACCUCACAUCUCUAGACGAAGUACCCUCGGAUCAACUCAUUACCAUUUACCUCGAGCUCAUAAUCAACAUGUUCAAGAUAAUUGACGACGGUUGUAUUAAGCUUUCCAAGGGAGUGCACGAAACAAAUGAAAGCACUGCAUGGAUUUUGCAGGUUCAAACACGGCUCUCAGAAGCUGUUCCAGCCGAUUUGGAGUGCACCGAAGCCCAGGAGGUCCAAAUUCGCACAACUCAACAGUGGCUAAUGUUAUCGAUAUGGGAGUUGGGCGUCAAUCAAGGUCUUGUCAACGAGGUCAAUAAGGACCCUUCGCUUACAUAUAUAUGCCCAAUCGACAUAUCACGAGAGCUACUCACUACCUUACAACAAUUUCCCAAACAAGUCAUGCAAGUACAUGGAGUCGGCUUGGUGAGUACAUGA